AUGCCAUUUCACAGCCCCUUCUCCGUGCUACAAGACACCGAACAGAACAGUACGGAGGUACGUACCAGAGUCGCACAACCAAAACCCCUCACAAUGGUUUCACCCGUGAACCACCUCACAAGAUACGCAAAGAUACGAGGAAAGAGGGACAAAGAAAACUGCAGGCACAACCGAGUAGUUCUGAUCCAGUUUGCUUCAGUUGAGCUUCAGCUCCAGAACCAGUUCAUCUCAAGCAGUCGUCGUCCCAUCUUCCUGCUUCACACCUGUAACGCCUCUCACUCCAACAAGGACCCAACCACCCCACCCCAUACCAUCCAUCCAUCCACCACAAAGAUAUUCUUACUUUUCUCUCAAAAUCCCUCAAAAAAAGAACCUUCCACAUUAAAAAAAAAAUUAAACUUCAUAUCCAACCCCCCCACCCCGCCCCCAAACUAA